UAUAAGAUUGGGACCAAUUUCUUCAAUAUCGAUCACUUUUGAGUGUGGAAAUGUUUCACGGUGGACGUAACUAACUUCAAAAUUUUCUUUUCUGUCUCACUUACACCAAACAACAUCCAUUUUUAUCAUCAUUUCUAUUUCUAUUGUUUCCAUCCAAAUUUUUUGUUAUUUCUUACUUACAACCGUAUCUUGUGAUUGAAUCGUUUCCAUACUUGGACGAGAGCCUUAUCAUAAAGACCAUUCCUUCUCUGUGACAGCCAAUGUUUGAAUAAUCAAAGUCAGAACUCAGUUUUGUAAAGCUAGUGUGGAUAAAUGGCUUCUAUGCCUCUCGGGUCUUUAGCUUCUUCCUUUACCGCUGGUUCUCACCUAACAAAAGCUUCUUGGAAUAAAACUAAGAAAAUCCGAAAUGAAUAUCCUAUAGUUAGGUAUCAGCAGCAACAUAAUUUGAAGCAUCAUUAUAAAUGCAUUGAGUUAGGAUCCACAUAUAAAGAACGUGCCAGAAGUAAUGCUGUGAAUGCAAUUGUUGGAGAAUCAUUUGAGUCUAAACCUCAAGAUUAUAGUCCAAAAAGCAUUUGGGGUUCUGUCAAAGACAAUUUGGAUGCUUUCUACAGGUUUACCAGGCCACACACAAUCAUUGGCACAGCGUUAAGCAUAAUUUCUGUGUCUCUCCUUGCGGUGCAGAAAUUAUCAGAUAUUUCUCCGACAUUUUUUAUUGGCUUGAUCCAGGCCAUCACAGCUACCAUUUUUAUGAACAUUUAUGUUGUAGGGUUGAAUCAAUUAACUGAUGUUGAGAUUGACAAGAUAAACAAGCCUUUUCUUCCAUUGGCAUCAGGAGAGUUUUCUUUCACAACUGGUGUUAUUAUUGUUGCAUUAUUUUUAAUUAAGAGUUUUGGAGUUGGAUGGAUUGCUGGUUCAUGGCCAUUGUUAUGGGCUCUUAUCAUCACCUUUUUGAUUGGGACCGGUUAUUCGAUCGAUUUGCCCCUAUUGAGGUGGAAGAGAUUUGCAGUGCUUGCAGCCAUGAGCAUCGUAGUUGUUCGGACAAUAAUAGUUCAAUUUGCAUUUUUUCUUCAUAUGCAGAUGCAUGUGUUUAAGAGGCCAAUUAUAUUUCCAAAAUCAUUGAUUUUGGCGACAACGUUAAUGGGCUUCUUCUCUUCGGUUAUAGCAUUGUUCAAGGAUAUACCUGACAUUAAAGGAGAUCAAAUAUUUGACAUUAAAUCUUUUUCGGUGCGUUUCGGUAAAAAGCGGAUGUUUUGGAUUUGUGUUUCACUUCUUGAAAUGGCUUAUGGAAUUGCCGUUAUGGCGGGAGCAACAUCUUCCAAUCUUUGGAGUAAAAUGAUCACAGUUUUUGGACAUGGUCUUUUGGCUUUGAUCCUCUUGUAUCAUGCCAAAUCUGUUGAUCUGGAAAACAAAUCUGCCAUAACAUCUUUCUAUAUGUUUAUCUGGAAGCUAUUUUAUGCAGAGUACUUCAUUAUACCGUUUGUUAGAUAAGAAGAAAGUGGUGGUGACAUCUUUUAUUUAAGAAAUGGUGCUCUCCUUGUAGCAUGUGGAUUAUUCAUUCAAAACUGAUAAAUAUAAAUAAAAAGUUUAUGUACGUUGAAAUCUCAA